CUCCCUGCCUGCAUGCCAGGGUUUCUUUCCACCGUGGGGGUCUCUGAGUCUUCCUUUCUCCUCUCUGCCUGCCUUCUCCCUCACCUCAGGGGUAGCGAACCCCCCUUUUUUCUGCCUGAGCAUCCUCUCACCACCCCCACCGCCACUGACUCUCUCCCCACCCUCUCCUCUCCGCUUCUCUCUGCCCCUUUAAAUCUGCCUGGCCCAGCCUCCCCCUUGAUGCUGGGUUUGGAGCAAACAUUGAUUUGUGCUGGGAUGGAAUUGGAAUUUUGAUUUUUUUUUUCCUCUCCCAACCAUAAGAAGAAAAAAAUAAAAACACCCCUUCUUGAUAGCCCCCUCCCCUUUCCCAUCCAACCCCCAGCUCCUCUUCGCUGUCUCCGUUCAAGGAAGAUUUUUCCCCCUACACUUAUUCUCAUCCCCUCCACCCUGCCACUACCUCACCCCCCACACUAGCCUGCACCUUCAGCCGAGGAGAGGGGACUCUCCCAUAGCUCCCCCACCCUCCUUCUCUGGGUUGUAGCAGUCUCUCCGGAAGGGAAGGGGGCUUGGCUUGUCCGGGUGAGGUGUGAGUGGAGGGACCCUGCCAUGGAAACUGCGCCCGGGAGGCAGCCUGAGCCCCAGCACACAUGCCACUCAGGAUGAGGGUCCGGCCCUGCCUGCCCGCGCUGGGGCCCCUCCGCCCAGCCCCGGUCUAACUGCCCCCGCCCCCAAGCCUCGUCCGGCCCCCAGGCCCCCAGCCGGCUCUCCAGCCCCAGGAUGCGCUGAGCUGCCGGGGGGCUGAGGCCGCGCCAACUACAUGCAUGUCCCCCGGGGGCAAGUUCGACUUUGACGACGGGGGCUGCUACGUGGGGGGCUGGGAGGCGGGGCGGGCACAUGGCUACGGCGUGUGCACCGGGCCCGGCGCCCAGGGAGAGUACAGCGGCUGCUGGGCUCACGGCUUCGAGUCGCUGGGUGUCUUCACGGGGCCCGGCGGACACAGUUACCAGGGCCACUGGCAGCAGGGCAAGCGCGAAGGGCUGGGCGUGGAGCGCAAGAGCCGCUGGACCUACCGCGGCGAGUGGCUGGGCGGGCUGAAGGGGCGCAGCGGCGUGUGGGAGAGCGUGUCCGGCCUGCGCUACGCCGGGCUCUGGAAGGACGGCUUCCAGGACGGCUACGGCACCGAGACCUACUCGGAUGGAGGCACUUACCAAGGCCAGUGGCAAGCCGGGAAACGCCACGGCUACGGGGUGCGCCAGAGUGUACCCUACCACCAGGCGGCGCUUCUGCGCUCACCCCGCCGCACCUCCCUGGACUCCGGCCACAGCGACCCCCCGACGCCGCCUCCACCCCUACCCCUACCAGGAGAUGAAGGAGGCAGCCCAGCCUCCGGCUCCCGAGGUGGCUUCGUGCUGGCGGGGCCAGGGGACGCCGACGGGGCGUCUUCCCGUAAGCGUACCCCAGCAGCAGGUGGAUUCUUCCGCCGUUCACUGCUGCUCAGCGGUCUCCGGGCUGGUGGGCGCCGCAGCUCCCUGGGCAGCAAGAGGGGAUCUCUGCGCAGCGAGGUGAGCAGCGAAGUGGGCAGUACAGGACCCCCGGGCUCCGAGGCCAGCGGGCCCCCAAUCCCAGCUCCACCUGCCCUCAUCGAGGGCUCAGCCACUGAGGUGUAUGCCGGUGAGUGGCGUGCGGACCGGCGCAGUGGCUAUGGAGUGAGCCAGAGAUCCAACGGGCUGCGCUACGAAGGCGAGUGGCUGGGCAACCGACGCCACGGAUACGGGCGCACCACCAGGCCCGAUGGCUCCCGUGAGGAGGGCAAGUACAAGCGUAACCGGCUGGUACACGGGGGACGUGUCCGCAGCCUCCUGCCUCUGGCCCUUAGACGGGGCAAAGUCAAGGAGAAAGUGGACAGGGCUGUCGAAGGUGCCCGUCGAGCUGUGAGUGCUGCCCGCCAGCGCCAGGAAAUUGCGGCUGCCAGGGCAGCAGACGCCCUCCUAAAAGCAGUGGCAGCCAGCAGCGUCGCGGAGAAGGCUGUGGAGGCGGCGAGGAUGGCCAAGCUGAUAGCCCAGGAUCUACAACCCAUGUUAGAGGCCCCAGGCCGCAGACCCAGACAGGAUUCAGGAGGUUCUGACACAGAGCCUUUGGAUGAGGACAGCCCUGGGGUAUACGAGAACGGACUGACCCCCUCAGAGGGCUCUCCGGAACUACCUAGCAGCCCCGCCUCCUCCCACCAACCUUGGCGAGCCCCUGCCUGCCGGAGCCCACUGCCUCCUGGAGGGAACUGGGGCCCCUUCUCCAGCCCUAAAGCUUGGCCCGAGGAGUGGGGGGGUCCUGGUGAGCAGGCAGAGGAACUAGCUGGCUAUGAGGCCGAGGACGAGGCUGGGAUGCAGGGUCCAGGACCAAGAGAUGGUUCCCCACUUCUCGGAGGCUGCAGUGACAGUUCAGGAAGUCUUCGAGAGGAGGAGGGGGAAGACGAAGAGUCCUUGCCCCAGCUGAGGGCCCCAGGAGGCUCAGAAUCUGAGCCUGUCACCACGCCAGUUUUGAGGGGCCUGUCUUCAAGGGGUCCUGAUGCUGGGUGCCUGACAGAAGAGGUUGAGGAGCCUGCUGCCACUGAGAGGCCUGCCCAGCCGGGAGCUGCCAACCCCCUGGUGGUGGGAGCCGUGGCCUUGCUGGACCUCAGCCUGGCCUUCCUGUUCUCCCAGCUCCUCACCUGAGGCAACAGUGUGGCUUCCUCCAGGCUCUGGCUGCCUGCCUCUGCACCCACUCUGACCUUCCACCUGCCUUCUCUUCUCUCCUCCCCCACCCACGUGUGUUUUCC